CGCUAGCCAUAUUUGCACUCUUCUUAUAAGUUUGGUGCGGCGUUUUGUAUUUGAUUUGAGGAUGAAUCCAGCUGACUUACUCUCUGCUGCAAAAUCUGGAACAACCAGCAGUAUAUUAGAGUUUUUGCGAAAACCUGUCGUAAUAUUAAGACUAAUGUCUCUCCUCACUUCAGUAAUAACUUUUGGAUCAAUUUCAUCAGGUUGUCAUACACAUCAAGGUGUUUGCAUUUUUGGUGCGACAUCUAGUGCUUGUAACUUUCCUGUUGCAAUCGGCGUUUUCGCUUUUCUUGGCACAAUUAUAUUUCUUGCUAGCGAUUUCAUGUUCAACUCGAUUUCUAAUCUGAAAAGACGAAAAAUAGUUAUUACUGGUGAUUUAGCCUUCUCAGGUUUGUGGACAUUUUUAUGGUUUGUUAGCUUUUGCCUACUUGCAAACAAGUGGACAAACACGUCUAAUGAAUGGUUAGAACAGCACAAAGUGGAAGGAUGGCAAGAGAGUAAUGCUCGUUCAGCUAUUGUUUUCGCAUUUUUGUCGAUUGCAAUCUGGGGUGGAAUUACAUUCUUCGCGCUGCAACGAUUUCGACUCGGUCAAGUUAAUCUCAACUCUGAAGAUGGGCUAGGUGAACAAGGGGGAACCAUGGAUCCAAAUGCUACUGUUCCAGGUCAAGCAUAUCCUGGUAUGACUGAUCUUAUGACUCAGCAACAGCAGCAACAACAACCUUAUGGUGGGAAUAUGCAACAACCACCUGUAGGCGGUGUUGGUGGUGGUCAGUACUAUCGACCUACAUACUGAUGUGGUCAAUAUUAUGAAAACUUCUGACGAAAGAAAGUGAUCAGAACAAUGUGGCGUUUAGUUCUUGAUCGUAUUUCACUUGAUGUUUUUCGAUUGGAAAGCUGCGAAUCUACUCCUUGUGUGUGUGCAAAUGUGUACUUGUGCUUGUUGUUACUGUUGUUUUCGGUGUUGUUAUCAUUACCUAUCAUUCCAUUAACUAUGAUUAUUAUUAUUAUGAUUAUUGUCAUUACUAUCGUUACUUUGUGUUUUGCUUUUCCACUGAAACUACUUGCCAUUUUCAUUUAUGUUUCCCUCGUUGCAUAAUGCUAAUCCAUGUGUUUCACUUAAACAAGUUCUGAAUUAACUGAAGAGAAUUAAAAUCGUGAUUGAAAGCGUCUUCUUCUUUUUUUCUCUCUUUUUUUCUGUGUAAUUCACUAGCCAGUUAAUGAAAAGGAAAGCUGUGAUUUUUAUCAUUUAUAUCCUUCUUCUGUCCAACAUUCCUUCUUCAACAUUGAGAAACAACAUUCGUGUGUGCAUUUACAUUUAAAAUAAUUUUCAUACAAUAUUUAUAGAUGCAUAAACAUAUUAAGCAGUCAUGACAAUAUUGGUGUUCUCUUUCGUCAAUAUCCUUCUAGUUGUAUUUGAAUUGCAUUUAGCAUAAUAUUUGAAUUUAUCCUAUACUUAUACAUACAUAUAUAUCUGCAAGUAUAUACUACUGACUAAAUAAAUAAGUAAUCAAAUAAGAC